CUGAGCACUUUCAAGCGGAGGUUUUGGCCCGGAAAGUACAUCGAUUAAGCACGUCAUAGCACGGAUCAGAUUACAAUCAUGGAUCACUCAAUGAUGGACCACUCACAGAUGGACCACGAUAUGCCGAUGGACGAUAUGUGCUCGAUGAACAUGCUUCUAUCGUGGGAUUAUCACAACCUAUGCCUGCUAUCGUCGUCAUGGCACAUCAAGACGCUUCUGCAGUUCAUUGUAUCCCUACUGCUCGUUGUUGUUCUCUGUGUUGGCUUCGAAGCCCUCCGUGCCAAGGUGACAAAGAAGCAAAGAGAGGAGAGGGGGAUUGCUAUCAGUGACGAGGGAAUUGAAGAUACUAACACCAACAUUCAAGGGAAUGGCUGGACCAAGUCCGUUGGAUAUGGCCUUGUUGUUGGCUACAGCUACAUCAUCAUGUUGAUCUUCAUGAGCUACAACGCAUGGGUCAUGCUGGCCGUUGUUGUCGGUGCCACGCUUGGACAUCACAUCUUCCACGGCGAGCCAAGAGACACUAUGGCGUGCCAUUAAGUGAUAAUAUUCUCCAUUAUUAAAUCCAUUAUUAACAUACUUGCUGUGAUCGUUGUAGCCUCACCUUAUAGACUUCUUUGUCUUCUGUAUCGUUGACCCGUGUACUCUUGUCCAGUCGAUGCUCUUGUCCAAAGCUUCGUCAAUUUCCCCUACACACACCACCAAAUCACCGCGUAUGACAAACAGCCCCAGCUCGUCGAUUAUACUCUCACCUUCUUCAGCAGGAACUAUCACCCUCUCCUGCGUAUCUGAUAGUAUGAGGUUUGUUGAAUGGUCAUAUCCUUCGAGCACACCGACAAAGAACCGCCCGUCAGACGUCAGAACAGCAACC